AUGACUGUACCACUGCCCUCGGAGACCCGAGCCAGGGCAUCGUACAAGGUGCAAGAGCAACCACUAGGCACAGCCAAGCAUGUACGAAUCAUCGGUAUCGGUGCAGGCGCCAGUGGCAUCAACAUGGUCCGCUCUUUACGCCGGGGAUUGACAAACUUCGAACACGUCAUCUACGAGAAGAACAGCAAGCCUGGCGGCACGUGGCAUGAGAACAAGUACCCGGGCUGUCGAUGCGACGUGCCUAGUCACAACUACCAGUUCUCGUGGCGGCCCAACCCCGCUUGGUCGAAUUUCUGCUCCCCGGCUCCAGAGAUUGAAAAGUACCUAGACGAUAUUUGUCACGAAGAAAGGAUGAUGGACACCAUCAAGACAAAUCACCAGGUUGUCAGUGCUAUAUGGGAUGAGCAGCGCGGGGUGUGGAUUGUGACAGUCCGCAAUCUGGAGAGUGGCACCGAAUUCGAUGACGAGGCAAACUUCCUGGUUGAUGCUUCUGGUAUACUCAAUAACUGGAAAUGGCCAGACAUACCCGGCCUACACAAUUUUGCUGGAGAUUUGAUCCACACAGCAAGAUGGCCGGAACAGUACGAGUACAAGAACAAAAGAGUCGCUGUGAUCGGCAAUGGCUCGUCAGGUGUACAGCUGGUACCAGCCAUCCAACCAACCGUGGAGAAACUAUGCCACUUUGUGCGCACUCCCACCUGGAUUCUCCCACCGUUGAUCAUGUCCAUGAAGAUGAAGGAAGGUCCUGCAAGCAAGGUCCUGGCGGGCAUUGAAAUAGAUGAGGCUGGCAACUUCUCUCAGGCGCAGAUUGCGAGGUUCAGAUCUGAUCCCGAACUAUACCGCAAGUUUAUCAAGACCAUAGAGAUGGACACCGGCGGCAAUUUUCCGGUUGUCCUCAACGGCGGUCCGGUCCAGCAUUUCGCGACACAAAAGGUCCGAGAGUUCAUGACAGCCAGCUUGCGCGCCGACGAACGACUCUGCAAGGCCCUGAUACCAGACUAUCCACUGGGCUGCCGACGCAUGACGCCUGCGCCGGGAUAUCUGCAAAGUCUACAAGCACCAAACGUGGAGCUGUACACAGGAGGCAUCUCCCGAAUCAUGGAGAACAGGAUCGAGCUUGCGUCUGGCGAAGUGGUCGAGGUAGACGCAAUCAUCUGCGCCACGGGCUUCGACACAUCAUUUGUUCCUCGCUUCCCCAUCAUCGGCAGGCAUGGCAAUGUGCAGGAUUUAAUGGCCGAAGUACCAAAAGGGUACAUGUCCUGUGCUCUGCCGGGAGUACCGAACUAUUUCACUUUCCUGGGACCAAACGGCCCAAUCGGCCACGGCAGCGUCUUCACUUUGAGCGAGCACAUUGCGAAAUACAUGACUGGCAUCAUCCGCAAGUGCCAGACUGAAGGCAUCAAGUCUCUAGCGCCGACGCAAGCCGCGGUGGACGACUUCAGCGAGCACAUCGCAAGCUUCAUGCCACGCACGUCUUGGUCCUCGUCGUGCCGGUCGUGGUUCAAGGGUGGCCAGGACAAAGGCGCGGGUUACGUUACGGCUCUGCAUCCAGGCAGCAGAGUGCACUUCUUCCACAUGCUGGAAACCUUUCGCGGCGAGGACUGGAAGUAUGUAUAUGACAGGCCGUCUGGCAAUCGGUUCGCAUACCUUGGGAACGGGUUUUCCACAAAGGAGCUGGACCCUACAAGCGAUUCAACGUGGUAUCUCAACGAAACGGCCACCUACUUGUAA